AAGCUUCAAUUUAGUUAGUUCCACUUGUUCAACUAGUACUAUUAGGUGACACCUUUAAUACAAUUAUAGCAUUGGACCAAGUACAGGUUUACUUUUGUCUAGCAAAAUUUCCACAAAAUUAAGUUCCGCCAUUUGGAUCUAUCAGUCUACAAGUCUUCAACCAGAAAAGAAAAACGAUCGUAGUGCAGAACGCAAGUCUUUGUCUUCUUCAUUAAGUACCAGAAAGAGAUAGAUCGAGAAUUAAUUGGUGCAGGGUUUUGUUGUUCUGAAGAACCAAUCAAGAAUUCAAGGUUAAUGGUUGGAGUAGUAGAACUUGUUGGAGGGGCUGCUCUGGGGACCGUAUUCGCAAAGCUGUACAACGGCGUCGAGAAACUACUGAUCAACAAGUCCACACAGUGCACGCCCCUCCUAGAAAACAUCAAAUCCACUCUCCACUCUUUACAACCACUGAUCAAACAGAUAGAACACCACAACAUCGAAUUAAAUCUCUCAAACAAGGAAGUAGACGAUUUCAAAAAGAAGAUCUUGGAGGGCGUGGUGCUGGUUGAAAAGUUCUCGAAAGUUCGUAACUGGUACAAGAAUCCUAGCUACACAAAGCAACUUCAGGAGUUAGAUCGAUCCCUAAAGAGGCAGUUAGAGAUACUGAAGGCGGAGGGAGUGAGGGAUGGGAAGGAGACGUUGGUUUUGGCGAGGAAGAUCUUGCUUUCGGUAUGGAAUAUGCAGACGGCGUUCAAUGAAAUUCACGAGUCGUGGAUGGUCUUCGUGUUUGUUCUAUCUUUGGCAAGUAUGGCAUUCAUGUUUAUUGUCGCCGCAGGGACAAGUCGUUCUAUAUUUGGUGUAACUGGCAAUGGUGUUUGGUUAGUCUGCAAAUUGUUUUGGGCGUUGUUCCGUAUUGUCCUGAAGUUUUUAGAAGUUAUUUGUAAGAUUGCAAUGGUUCCACUCAGCUGAGCAUGCAAGCCACAGAUGGUGUCAUUUCAUUGCAUAUAUGCAGCAUCUAUUAGUGGUCGAUAUGUGCUUAGUAGCUCAGAAUUAUUAUGUUUCAUUAGUGCGAUACCAAAUCAGUACUAUAUUUGUUAAUUACCAUUGAACUACAACUCGCCCAGAUCUAUUUUGUUUUCGUGCUCCUUUUAACUUGUUAGCAACUCCCAAUUUCCUGUAAACUCCAGGUACAACCCAUG